GUCAGCUUGUCUUUAAUCCAGGCUAUUGUGGAGGCAUACAUCAGUGUCUUCUGGACUCUGUUACCCAAUAAAACAGGCUGAACAGUGUCAAACACAUAAGGGAAAUCAAAUAAAUGGAUUUUUACAGUGUUGCCCGCUAUAUCGAGAGGACAAAGGAUUUGUAGAAGCAGAUGUAAGUGAAAGCAUCAUCAUCUUCAGUCCUGUGAGAAUAAUCUAGCUUUUUUUGCUUUCUUAGCUGGAACUAGUGCAUCAUCAAAGGCUUUCAUAAAGUGGGGUGUUAGGGUAACAGGGUCAGCUAUUCAAUCCACCAAACAAGUUGUAUUUCGUCUAAUACAUUGUUUUCGGAAAAUAAAGACAUUGGUCUAGAUAAUCUAGUAAAUAUACAAAUUAAUAAAUACAUACACAGCAAGCAAAAUCGGCAAUAGCAAAUGUAUUGUCUGGAACUGGUUUCCUUAGCAACGCAAAUGUAUGAUUCAAAAACUGUGAUGUCACAUCCUUCCCGUGGUGCUUCGCGAACCUGAAUUAAACGCUCGGUUGAAUACAACAGUAUACUUGCUUCUUAUCCUUGGGCGUUAAAGAAAAUAAGAACAUUUACACCUAAAAAGAAACAGUAAAGCGGCGAAUACAGGAGGAGAACGAACUGUAGCGAGCAUUAUGGACCAGGAUUAUGAGUGCAGGCUGCUCAAACAGAUCAACAUACAAAACGAGAAUGCUAGUCCCAGCCCUAUAAAAGCUGUGGCAGCAGUGCGAUCUCUGACACCCACCAGCUCCCCCCUGUCCUCGCCUAGCAAGCACGGCGAUCGCUUCAUUCCCUCCCGUGCUGGAGCCAACUGGAGUGUCAACUUCCACCGCAUUAAUGAAAUUGAAAAGUCCCACAAUCAAAACAGGAAAACUAAAGAUGGCACCACGGACAGCAACAAAGCGGACGGCUUGGCUUACUUGGCUCUGUUGAAGAACGAGCUGCUGGGAGCGGGGAUUGAGAAAGUCCAGGACCCGCAGUCCGAGGACCGUCGUCUGCAGCCAUCAACUCCUGCAAAGAGGAGCCUUUUUAGUUAUUCUGUCAGCACUAAGAGGACUCUGCCAGAGGAAGAUGGAAACACAGUUUCUCCAUAUUCUUUGUCACCUGUCAGUAGCAACAGCCAGAAACUGUUGCGGUCGCCACGAAAACCAACUCGCAAGAUUUCCAAAAUUCCUUUCAAGGUCUUAGACGCUCCAGAGCUCCAGGAUGACUUCUACCUCAACCUGGUGGACUGGUCCUCUCUGAACGUGCUCAGUGUCGGACUGGGCACCUGUGUGUACCUGUGGAGUGCCUGUACCAGCCAGGUGACGCGUCUCUGUGACCUCUCUGUUGAAGGAGACUCUGUGACAUCUGUGGGUUGGUCAGAGAGGGGGAACCUGGUCGCCGUGGGAACUCAUAAGGGCUACGUCCAGAUCUGGGAUGCGGCGGCAGGGAAGAAGCUCUCUGUUUUAGAGGGACACACUGCCAGAGUGGGUGCCUUGGCAUGGAAUGCAGACCAGCUGUCGUCUGGGAGUCGUGAUCGCGUGAUCCUGCAGCGGGACAUCAGAGCCCCGCCUCUCCAGUCAGAACGCCGUCUCCAAGGACACAGGCAGGAAGUCUGUGGGCUCAAGUGGAGCACAGACCAUCAGCUGCUGGCCUCAGGAGGAAAUGAUAACAAGUUGCUUGUGUGGAACCACUCCAGCGUUGUGCCCGUCCAGCAGUACACUGAGCAUUUGGCUGCAGUAAAGGCUAUCGCCUGGUCACCCCACCAGCACGGCCUGCUGGCGUCGGGAGGCGGUACAGCCGACCGCUGCAUCCGCUUUUGGAACACCCUGACCGGCCAGCCCCUGCAGUGCACUGACACCGGGUCUCAGGUCUGCAACCUGGCCUGGUCCAAACACACCAACGAACUGGUCAGCACACACGGGUAUUCUCAGAACCAGAUACUGGUUUGGAAAUAUCCGUCUUUAACUCAAGUGGCCAAACUCACAGGACAUUCAUACAGAGUUCUUUACCUGGCCAUGUCACCUGAUGGGGAGGCCAUCGUGACGGGGGCGGGAGAUGAAACACUUAGGUUCUGGAACGUCUUUAGUAAGAUGAGAUCCACAAAGGAAUCCGUCUCUGUGUUGAACCUAUUCACCAGGAUCCGGUAGUUUGUCCGUCAAGGGAAUGCGGAGUGGGAGUCGAUUUGUCUCUGUCUGCAUUUGAGUGUCAUCAUAUUCAUCUUCAGAAACCAGAAACCAGGUUCUGGCUGAAGAAAGGUGCUCAGCCUGAUUCUGGAGGGCUGAACAGACAUAGGACUAACAGAAAUCCACUGCCUUUUGACAAAUGAUGUCUUUGCCCUCAUAGGACUGGAGAUCUUUGAAGAUCUGAAGAAUAUCUCAACCAUCUUGUGAUGGUUUUGUUUGCAAAUUGACAUUGUGUGUACCUGCCAAAUACUGAGUUUGUUUUUGUAAUUGUCUAUUUAUAUUUUAUUUUUCUCUUUUUUUUUUUUUUUUUUUUAAAUCAGAUACUCCUUAAGUGUUAUUGUUUGCAUAGGCAGGAGCAUUAAUGUUCAUAUCCAGAUCUGCAGUUUUAAGUUUCUUCUCUGGACUUUUUAUUCAAAUGUAAUGAAAAAAUAAGUAUUUUUGUGUCUUUGUUUCCCAGUGGAUAUUAAUAAUGUUCAAUAAUAACAAGCUCCCAAAGGUUGUGCUUUGAGAGCCGUUGGUAGGAAACGAGGAUUACAGAAAACGACUCAUUUACUUUUAAUUUACAGGUUGUGUUCAGUAAGCAAACAGUGCUUGACGAAAGAAGAGAAAAAAAAUUGCUUUUGGAGGACGCUUUACAGCAAAACAAAGUUCUACAAUAUUGUAGUAGCAUAUCUAGUUUCAAGCCCUCCUUGUUUGCUUCAUGAAAGAAAAAAAAAAAGAAAAUCAGGCAGGAAAAAUAAAACUGCAUUUUGUUGUAUUAAAAAGCAGACAAUUUGGGUGUUUGUGUUAAAUCAAUAUUAAAAUCGCAGGUCAGCAUUUUUUACUAUUAAACAGUUUUUUUUUUUUUUUUUUUUUUUUUUACAGACAGGAAAAUUAUAUCUGCUUCGUUUUCUCCCUGAAUGUCUGAAUUCAUUUGAUGAUGCAGUUAAGUGAAUGCUAUUUAUUUGUUUAGUACAAGUGGAGCAACGGCGAGUUUACUAAAAAUGUCAGAAGACGUUCCUAAACCACUAGAACACAAUGCUGCCGACUUAAACUACAGAAUGUUUCAAAGAAGUAUUUCUGUACUCGGAUAUGAUGGACAAUUAAAGGAUCAUAUCAUAUAACACUUA